AUGGCACUCCGGGAAGACUUCUCUGCCAUGGCCCCGACGGCGCCGUACCCCGUGGGACUAGUGGGGGCUCCUCAAGGAACUGCUUUACCUCCUCUACCUAUUCCGCUCCAUAUACCGUUCGGUGCACCUGCUUUCCACAUGCCACCUCGCCAGUCCCACCGACAGAAUCAUGAGGGACGUGUGGCCUACGCUGGUCCCUCUGACAUGGCCGCUCUCGAGGAGUUUCAAAAAAGGCGGAACCUAGAGCAGCUGGAACUGUCUCGUUUGUCGAAAACCGCUUUGGCCAGUAUGGGACGAGACAGGGAGAAGGAACGCCAAAUCAGCGUUCGAUUCCGAGAACGAAUUUACGAGCUAUAUGUCGGAUACCUCGGCUGGCUCCAGGAACAGCAAGCUCUUGGUCGAGACGAAGACACCACCUCGGGCUCCGGAAAACAGAAGAGGCAUCAUCUCGAGGAGCUGGUGACGGAUUACCUUUGCCAGGUGCUGCAGAAAGAGAAAUAUCAUUUAGGACUGAGUUUCGAACUCAUUCUGCGACACACUAUCGAACGCAAGGGAACACAUUUCGAUCCUUUGAGGACUGCCGAGGCCUUCCGAUCGCUAGAGAAAUAUGCGUGUAAUCUAUUGGUUCAACCGUGGAGAGAAGAGUUCAGACGGAUCAAGCUGUACGGCGGCUUCUACAAACACAAGAUAGAAAGACAUCUAUGUCAACCUGAGGCUGUUCUCGAACUGCUCGGUUAUGUACGACAAGGCAAUUCCAUGAUCCUGCCCCUGAAACCUCUGGAUCCAGACGAGGUCACCUUCGUGGCGCUGGACUGUCUCAUCGCGAACGUCGAAUGCAAAGUUCUGCUCUUAUUGAGGAGUGGAAUCAGACACUUCGAUAACCGUUGGAUGGAUGUCUAUAACACGCGGUGUCAGUUGUAUGGGGCGUCAAUCGCCGAGUGUGCAAUUGUGCUCACCCAUCAGUACGAACAAAAGUUGCACUCGCAGCGAGCUCUCGAAUCAAUGUGCAAAGAAAUGGAGAAUAUGGGUUAUGGAUCGAGGUCGCGCGAUAAAGUGCAAUCUCCUCACGGCCCCCAACGGAAACCAGCUCGACUGAAACCCGGACAUGGCAGUUGCGCUCCAACAGAUGAAGUCGACAGCCGACAUUAUCGGAACGAACCCCUGCCGUCGAGUGAAGACUACCACCGACAAUAUCGAGAACCCGGCAUGACAUCUGGGAGCUCGGGCAAAGCUUCACGGAGUCAAGCACCUCUUCGAGACCCCCAACCCAAUCUCAUGUCUCCACCUACACCGACUCAGCAAUCUUCCAGAGAUAUUGGACCCAUGCCAGCGUCGAAUUCUCGAGGAACCAAUAAUUACAAGCUUUUAACGCCGACAUCGCUAAAUGGGACUGCAUGCCCGUCUUCGUUUGCAAUGCCGAAAUUAGGGCCGUCUCCGACGCCUCCCCCAGGAAACUCAACGGCGCACUUGGCUGUUGGAGGAGCUCCGCGGGAGGAGGAGAAACCUAGAAGGCCGGAGAGAGGAGCGUAUUUCGAAAGAGAAGAGACUCUCAAGCCGAAUAAUCACAAAGACGUAGCGACUCAAUCUCUAGAAUCACCGGAAGACGGCUCGUGGUCGUGUAGCAUUUGCACUUUUCUGAAUGAUCCUCAAGCGAACAUCUGUGUGAUGUGUUCAAAAUCUCGGAAUCAGCAAAUUCGGUCGGCGGCCAGCGAAAAUCUCGUUUCAGGAGGUCGGGAAUGUCCGUCUUGUACCCUGAUAAAUCCCAAAUCUGCCGUACGCUGCGAAGCCUGCAAUGCUUCGCUGAUGAACUCGCCAACUUAUAUUUGA